AACCCCAAAGCCCCAAAAGCCCCAAAGCGUGCCUGACAUCACGGCCCUCUACCCAUCACGCCCAACCCUCCCUCUUUCGGUAUCCAUCUGUUUCGAGCAACACACGACAUUUCGCGUUGCGCUACCGUGGAACCCCCUUAAAGAUCCCUCGCGCCAUCCCAGCGAUCACCAUUACGCACCAUUUCGCACCAUUCGCACCAUUCGCAAUCUAAUACACCAACCUAGCAACCUUAGCAUUGACCAUCCAUCAUCCUUCACACCCUACACACCCUUCACACCUUCACACCUUCACACCCCUGUUUAUACCUACCCCAUAAUAUUGGAACGUAUUGGAACCCAUUGCCUCCUGAUCUCUCUCACCCCUCUGCCCCUCCAACCAGAUAAAACACACGCCCCCCUGAAACCCAAUUGCAUUCUCCGUAUCUCUCUUCGCAUCUCUUUAACAACAGUCACUUGCAUCAUAUUCUUUUUACCAUCUAACUUAUACUUAUCUUUCAUCCCCACAGGCUUGCGGUGACGUUUUGACCAAGAAGAAACUCGACCCACAUAGAAACCGUUGCCGCGGCGCUACUUUCACCUGCAUUGAUUGCAUGGUCCACUUCUACGGCACUGACUAUCGCGCGCAUAAUAGUUGUAUGACAGAAGAGCAAAAAUAUCAAGGUGCACUAUAUAAACCGAAGCGACAAAAAUCCAACAACGCCGAACCCUCUGGCAGGUCUGAAACUAUGGCUCAUAACGCAUAUGUCGAGGAUGUGACGGAGGAGUUUGAAAAUUACCGACAGUAUCAGGUAUACGAAGAAGAUGGAAACGAAGAGGCAAACCUGCCUCCGGAGGCACCUACUCCUCCGCCGGCUGUUGACGAUGACCCGAACGUGAACGUAUUCGACUUUUUGGUCGACCAGACUCCUAAUAUAUCCCAAGUCAACCUACAAUAUUUUAACAACAUGGCGGAAACUAGUGGCAACAGUGGCGGUCGGCAACUAGUGCGAUUUGACCAGGGUCUAGAAGAGGACUACGUAGACCCGACAGGAUAUAUGAUUGACGACGAAGCGAUGGCUCAAUACGGACCCGAUGCUGGACCGCCUAUCGAGUAUCAAACACCGGCACCCAAGAUUCAUCGAAGGAAGUCGAAGGAUAGCACAGGUGAACGUGAGGUGAAGAAGGACAAGAAGCGCAAGCGGCUCCACAUUGAAACGCCUGGACCGUUGGCACUCACAAAGCAUACCGGAGACGAAGUCAUGACCGAUGCACCUGUCCUUCAUUCGGGGUUAACCGGAGGUCUUAACCGUCUCAUGCGCCCGUCCCAAUUUCCUCCAUCGCCCGAUUAUUCCGGAGGCGACGGCGGAGAAAAUUCUCCUGCAAGCCCUAUCAAGAAGACAAAGCAUUCCAAGUCUCACAAAUCCAAGCCUAGUCGGACAGAGACUCUCAGUGGAGGACUCAAGGCCUUCAUGUCAGGCACAUCUAAAUCGAAGAUUUCUAAGAAGCGGAAGCAUUCAUCGGAUAAGGAUAAAAAGGAUAAGAAGAAGACUCGGCGUCAUUCAAGCUCUGAUAAGAUCCCGAAGUUGAUCGAGUACCGACCCAAGUCAAAAUCAGGAGACGAGAAAGAAGGAGAGUCCGGUCAGAUGAUCCUUUACAAGCCGAGAUCCGAUGUUUUCCUGAGCUUAUGCAACAAGGGACCGGAGAGUGAACGGGGUUGCAGUGUAAACAAAGCCCUGAAGAAAUAUCACCGUGAACGAUCUGAAUCCGGUACUAGCCUGGGCAAGUCAGUGGAGGAGAAGGAGCUCUGGCGGUCGUUACGGAUGCGUCGUAAUGAUCGUGGGGAGAUCAUUUUAUUCUCGAUCGAGCCCUAAGUGUAUCGAUUGGUCUUAAAAGGGAGAGGGUCGGCGUUUUAGUGGAGGCGGAUGCUUUUCUGGGAACUAAUGGAUGUGAUACCUGAGCAUGGAAUGCUUGAACAAGGUGGAUGGCGGACGGUGGGCGGACGGCGGAUGGUUUGGGAUAUG